AACUGAGGCAUCAGGCUCCCUAAGUACCCCCAAGUGACUUCAAUUUCUGUCCUCAACGAAAGAUACCAAAAGAAAUGCAGGAAUGCCUGACUUAGAAAAAAACAUGCAGAAGAAGGAGAAAGAUACAUGCAGUAAAGAUGAAAGAGAAGUGCCAAAACUUCCAGUUCCACCACUGCAACAGACCUUACACAUGUACCUACAGUGCAUGAAGCACUUGGUGCCAGAGGAGCAAUUUAAAAAAACCAAGGCCAUUGUGGAGAAAUUUGGAAUUGCAGGAGGCCUGGGGGAAUCCUUGCAGAAAAUGCUUGAGGAAAGAAGUGAAAAGACAAUAAACUGGGUGUUUCACUACUGGCUGGAUGACAUGUACCUCAACAACCGCCUGGCUCUUCCAGUCAAUUCCAGCCCCGCAAUUAUCUUUGCUCGCCAGCAUUUCAAGGACAUAAACGACCAGCUGAGGUUUGCUGCCAAUCUCAUUUCAGGAGUGCAAGACUACAAAGCUUUACUGGACACCCAUGCUUUACCUACUGACUUUUCUCGUGGACAGCUGUCUGGCCAUCCUCUCUGCAUGAAGCAAUACUAUGGACUUUUUUCUUCCUAUCGUCUUCCAGGACCUACCAAAGAUACCCUCGUAGCCCAGAAAAGCAAUGUAAUGCCAGAACCAGAGCACAUCAUUGUUGCUUGUAACAAUCAGUUUUUUGUUUUGGAUGUUGUCAUUAAUUUCCGUCGUCUCAGUGAGGGAGAUCUUUUCACUCAGUUACAAAAGAUAGCAAAAAUGGCAGAGAAUGAAGAGGAAAUGCUGCCUCCAAUUGGCCUGCUGACAACAGACGGAAGAACAGAGUGGGCAGAGGCCAGGAUGACCCUUAUGAAAGACUCCACCAACCGCGACUCUCUAGACAUGAUUGAACGGUGCAUAUGCCUGGUGUGCCUGGACAGCCCCACUGGGGUGGAGCUCAGCAACACAAACAUGGCCCUUCACAUGCUGCAUGGAGGGGGCUACCAUAAAAACGGGGCCAAUCGCUGGUACGACAAACCCAUGCAGUUUGUGGUAGGAAGAGACGGGCUCUGCGGGACCGUGUGCGAGCAUUCCCCUUUCGAUGGCAUCGUCAUGGUGCAGUGUGCUGAAUACCUGCUCAGGCACAUGAAAGAAAGCUCCAAGAAAUUAGUCCGAGCUGAUUCAGUGAGCGAGCUUCCUGCUCCACGGAGACUGAGAUGGAAGUGUUCCCCUGAUAUUCAGACACAUUUGGCAUCAGCAGCAGAAAAACUCCAAAGGGCAGUGGAAAAUCUGGACUUUAUAGCCUACAAGUUUGAGCACUAUGGAAAGGAAUUUAUUAAGAAACAGAAGUUUAGCCCAGAUGCCUACAUCCAAGUAGCACUUCAGCUGGCAUUCUACAGGUGCCACAGGAGGCUUGCCCCAACCUAUGAAAGCGCGUCCCUGCGCCGCUUUGACGAGGGCCGGGUUGAGAAUAUCAGGUCUGCUACCUCGGAAGCAUUGGUUUUUGUCAAAGCAAUGGCAGGUGACAAGGCAGCUGUGUCGGAUUCUGAGAAGAUGCAGAAAUUUAAGGAUGCAAUUGCAGCUCAGACUAAUUACUCUGUUCUGGCUGUCACUGGAAUGGCAAUAGACAAUCACCUGCUAGGGCUCAGAGAGGUGGCACGGGAGCACCUCAAGGAGCUGCCAGAGAUAUUUACAGAUGAGACUUAUCUGACCAGCAAUCGAUUCAUCCUUUCAACCAGCCAGGUUCCUACUACCAUGGAAAUGUUCUGCUGCUAUGGGCCUGUGGUGCCCAAUGGGUAUGGGGCAUGUUAUAACCCUCAGCCAGAGCAUUUAUUAUUCUGCAUCUCAAGCUUUAAGGAAUGUAAGGAAACCUCUUCAGGCAUGUUUGCAAAAGCUGUGGAAGAAAGUCUCCUAUCAAUGAGAGAUCUGUGCAGCAAAUGCACUUGCACUCCAGCAAAGCCACCUGCUAAACAAGAUGCAGCCACCCAGCUGCAGAGUGACCACCAGCGCUAACAGGCUGUGGGAAUUACUCUCCUGAAUCCACUCCAGGAAGAAACACAACAUAGCUGUUCAAAGGCAAGAUAAUACUAGUAACAUAGUAGUGUAGAACCAAAGUGUCAUUUGUUUCUCAUUGUUGCCAACAUUUAUAGCUCUGUGUACUAAAUCUACCAUUUCCUGCUUACGACUCAGCAAAAAAGAUUUGGUCUCACUGGCUGAAAUGAAGGAGGAAGUCAUAAAAGUAUGUGUUGUACUACCAUUUCUAACCAUAAUUACUUGUGCCAUUUUAUCACCUAAAAAAUUGAGUCAGUUAUAUGCAUAUGACAUAAAUUAAAUACUAAGGAACACCAAUUAAUAUCCCCUGCAAGUAGCUCUAAAAUAUUCACAUCUACUACAAGAUUUGCAUGUAAAGAAAAAAAGAAAUUUCCCCUAUUGGGAAUUUUGAGAGUAACACUGUAAAUAAUAGGCUGAUGCCAUUAUAUUCUGAACUUUUGCAUGAAGAGUAUUUAAUACCACCAGUCUAUUUACUAUAUAAGAAAAACUGAUUAUUUUUUAAAGAGUGGCCCCUGUGCAUUUCCACAGAGUUUAGGAACAUAACACAAGUGUUUGCAUGUUUUCCCCAAUUUGAAAAUGCUGCAGAAAUAAUUUAGCUUUUAUUCUGGUUUGCACUGGUCUCAAGCACAGUCCUGUUCUGAAAGCAGCAUAUUGGAGACAUGACCCAUCACAGAGGACUGGGAGAAUUUUGUCCCUGAUACAUUGACUUAAUUAUUUCUUUCUUUCAGUGAGUAAAAUCCAGCCUGACAGAGUGGCAAAGCACAAAACAUAAGUACUAUUCAAUCCUACUUAAGAUCUUUUCUGUUUGCAUUGGAAUUAGUUUAGUCACUGUGACUGGCAGGAGGGUGAAUACAACCACAAAAAAUCAAAGAGCAAUAAUUAGAAUGAAGAGAUAAAUUUGCAAUAUCAGGAAGUUUUCAGCUUAGGGUUAUAAAUACCAGUACUGGUACUCAUAUCAGCUUUGGUCAUCCCACUUGGAGGGAUUUAUAUUUUAUAUUUUUAAAUAGCAGAUGUAGGGUAUCAUAUUCUGCAAUAGUCAGUAAAUUCAACCAGUAAAGUGGUAAUAUAUAGUGUCUGGUAACUCCCAUUUUAUGUGAAUGUUAUCCUGAGGUUUUUCUAAUUAUCUUUUUCAUUCCCUAUAAAUCCUUCCAGGGACUUACAUUUCCAGUUACUUUCUGGUGAGGUCAAAUAUGCUGCCUUUCUUAGAGGUGUUCAGUAUCAUUGUUAGAACACAACUUACUCACUCACUGAAGACACUCAAUUCCCAACUCCAGCGCAGAUCCCGUGCUGCACAAGCUGGAACACACUUGAGGCCUGCCCAGGGAUUCCUUCCUUGCCUGUGGAGAGUGAUGCUCUCUCUCCCUUUGAACACCAAACAAUCACAUGUUUAAGCACUCUGAAGCCUAAAAGCAGAAUGGAUUUAUUGCAAUAACCUAGAGACACAGAUAUGUUUCUAUUUAAGAGCUCUAGACACAAAUUCAGGAGAUUCUAUAUGCCCAUGAUUAUUUUACUGCCUCUUUGGAGGUGCAUACAUGCACUUAAGCAGUCUGCUGGAUAAAGGAUAUCCCCAACCCCAUAUAUGAAAGCACAGUGGGCCUGAUAAUCAAUUAGAAGUAGCUAUGUUGAAGUAAAUCAACUGUGAUGAUUUGCAGACAUUAAGAGCUAGGCUAACUCUUUUAAAGGUAUUAUAUUUCACUGAAAAACAUGUAUGUUUUAUUACUCUGUGAGCUGUUGCUGAAAUCAAAGAUGAAAUCUGGUUUUAGAUUACAUAAAUAAUAUAUAGCAUAAAAGCUGCCCCGAAGUUAUCAUAGAAUGGCUUAGGUUGGAAGGGAUCUUCAAGAUCAUCUUGUUCCCACUUCCCUGCCAUGGGCAGGGACACUUUCCACCAGACC